UCUACUUUUCUUUUAGUGCUUUUUUACUUUCUAACAAUUUUUAAGGAGGUUUUAUUUUAGUUGGUGUUAUAAGUAGGGUAGCUGAUGCAGAUUCAUUCAUAUUAUUUAUUGUUCUUUUUAAUAUUGUUUUUUCAUUUAAUAACCCUUCCAUUUGUGUAUAAAUAGAUAUUGCUAAUGUUGGUUUUCUUCAUUCCAGAAGCUCAACAUAAGCAUUUUGGAAAUUACCUUUGCAUUUACUUGUUUGAGUAGAAAAUAUGAGCAACAGGAACUUCUCAACAAGUUCUGGUAGUGGAAAUGGUAGCAGGACAUUUGAGUUUGGAAGGACUCAUGUGGUUAGACCUAAAGGGAAGCACCAAGCAACUAUAGUUUGGCUACACGGUAUUGGCGAUAAUGGCUCAAGCUGGUCCCAACUAUUGGAAAGUCUUCCUCUUUCUAAUAUUAAAUGGAUUUGCCCAACUGCUCCUACGCGGCCUGUAGCCUUAUUUGGUGGAUUUCCUUGCACUGCUUGGUUUGAUGUCGGGGAUAUUUCAGACGACGCUCCUAUCGAUUUGGAGGGUUUAGAUGCUUCUGCAGCACAUGUUGCCAAUCUUUUGUCAACAGAGCCUCCAAAUAUCAAACUUGGUAUUGGUGGCUUCAGUAAUGGUGCUGCAACUGCACUUCACUCAGCAACAUGCCAUGUUUUAGGACACUAUGGGAAUGGAAACACUUAUCCUAUCAACUUAAGUGCAAUUGUUUCUCUAAGUGGAUGGCUUCCUUGUUCAAGGACCGUGAAAAACCAGAUCGAAAGAUCACGUGAUGGCAUAAGGCGCGCAGCAUCAUUGCCUUUAUUUCUCUGCCAUGGAAGGGCUGAUGAUGUAGUUGCAUAUGAACAUGGAGAGAAUUCUGCAAGGACUUUAAGCUCUGCUGGAUUCCAGAAUCUUAUAUUUAGAAGCUACAAUGGGUUGGGUCACUAUACAGUCCCUGAAGAGACUGAUGAAGUUUGCAGAUGGCUAACUGCAAAUUUGGUACUUGAGGGGUUUCGGUUGAACUAGAGAAACUAAAGCUCAAUCAUCAUGCCAUGUCAUAGAUAUAAUAGAAGCAUACUUUUUAAUUUAAGCAAUGGAAAAAGGGGUUAUAAAAUAGAUAGUGGUGUGGUGGGGGGUAUAUUGGUACUUUGGUACUAAAUAAUGGUAUAGCCACUUCAUUCUCUCUCCUAUUAUCUUUGGCUCUAAAUAAAACUUUUAUAUUUUUAUAUAUGUUGCUUUUUGUAUUUCUAUUCUGUCUUUGAGACAAAAAUGUAAUAAGCCAAAGGAGAAUAAAACGAGUGCUAGAGUUCAUUACAUUAUUAUAUCAUUGGCAUUUUACCCA